AUAGAACAUCGGUAAUACCGGGGUCAAUCUGAGAAAACAGAAUAGCACCGAGGGGCUAAAUAUUCAAAUCGAUUUGCGAGUGGGUCAAGUAAAUUAUACUAGCCAGAUAGAUCUUCCCAACUAAAUUUUGUGUUGGAGAGAUGAGCAUUAGCAGCACAAACGACUCAGCAGAGAGUAUAAUGGACCAAGCAGCAAAAGCUGCUGACGAGCUUUACUUAUUACGCGACACUUAUUUCCCGCUCGAUCCAAAUCACAAAAUUGCUGCUCUCCAGUCCCAAUCUCAUCUCGCUCUCAAUCUUCUCGAUUCCAUUCCUUCCGAUCAUAGGAGAUUACCUGCAACACGUGCAACACAUGAAUAUUUGAAAGGAAAGAUCAUGGAUGUAUUUCCUGAUUAUAAAAAAGAAGCAGAGGACCAUCUCUCGAAAGCUGUCAAGUUAAAUCCAUCUCUUGUGGAUGCUUGGCUAUGCUUAGGCAACUGCAUCUGGAAAAAAGGAGAUCUACCUUCAGCAAAGAACUGCUUGACUCUUGCACUGAGCAAGGGUUCAAACAAAAAGAUACUUUGUCAGUUAUCAAUGCUUGAAAGAAGAAUGGCCCAAGGUGCUGAUAAUCAGGAAGAAAUUGUACAAGAAAGCAUCAAACAUGCAAAAGAAGCUAUUGCUCUGGAUGUAAAGGACGGGAAUUCUUGGUACAACCUAGGAAAUGCAUGCCUCACCUGUUUUUUUGUGACUGGAGCAUGGGAUCAUAGCAAGCUUCUGCAAUCUUUAAAAGCAUAUCAGAAUGCUGAGAAAGAUGAGGGAAUGAAGUCUAAUCCAGAUCUAUACUUCAACUGUGCUACUGUAAACAAAUAUUUGGAGAACUAUGAGAGGGCCCUUAGUGGAUUUGAAGCUGCUGCAUCAAAGGAUCCUGGUCUCAAUGCUACUGAGGAGGCUGACAAAUUGAUAAGUCUUCUUGACAAACUCGAUAGCUUUUUAAGGGGACAGACAAAGGCUAAACGUCUCGCUUCUUUGACUUCAUCAUUAGCUGCAAUUAAUUUAAAUUCUUCAUACAGAAGAGGGACCAUAGAUCGUCUAUCGGAAGGUCUGAACAGAACAAUUGCGAUUCUUGGAAAAGUCAUGUUCUUUAUCAAGCAUGAAAGUACAACUCCAUUAUACUUUCUUGUUUGUGAUUCAGAUCAAGUGUGCUUCAUUCUUACGGUGUAUGGGAUGCGCAAUGAUGCUAUUAAAGAAGGAGAUCAGGUCACUUUAUUGGCACCUUGUUACCAUUUUGUGAACUUUUCUUGGAAGGAAAAGUAUUACCAGUUCAAAUCAAUUCGUGUGGAUUUCUUGGAUCAAAUGCUUGUGAAUGGGAAUGCCAUAUCUCCUCAGUAUGCAAUUCGGAACGCAAUUGUUGCUCAGAAUAAAGCAUGAAAAUUUUCUGUCGAUUCUGUUGAUUGAGCAGAAUGUGUGGAUAUCUUCUAUGAGAGUUUUGCAGCUCAGAUUGAUGAAAGAUGGGAUGUGUCAGGUGUGAAUAGAUUGAGGCGUGUAAAAGAAAAUUUAUUAUUAUUUAAAUUAGGUUCAUCCCAUUUGGAAGCGAAAGUGAUCUACCUCAUUGUGUUUUGCACUUGUACUUGAAAUUUGACACUGUAAACUAUCUUAUGUUGGUAACAAGUGAAUUUCUCGUGGUUUUUUUUUUU